GCGCGCCUGCUCCAGUUUCACUCGAGCUCUAAACGCCGAGAAGAUGAUAGACGUCAAAUUCGAAGAGCACGGCCAGCUCCAGCUGCUGGACCGAGAAGAAGCCGAGGAGGAAUACGAUUGCUUCGAAUCCAUCGACAAACUGAUCUCCCAGGGGAUCAAUGCGGGAGACAUCAAGAAGCUCCAGGACGCGGGGAUCUACACCUGCAACGGCCUCAUGAUGCACACGAAGAAGAGCUUGACAGGGAUUAAGGGUUUGUCCGAAGCGAAGGUCGAUAAGAUCUGCGAGGCUGCGGAGAAGGUCGUGAACAUGGGUUACGUGACUGGAAGCGAUCUCCUCCUCCGGCGGAAGUCGGUGAUUCGAAUCACGACGGGGAGCCAAGCCCUUGACGAACUCCUUGGCGUAACAACGAACUUUCUUUUUUCAAUUUCAAAAAUACCAGACGUAGAAUCAUUUAAGUAUCCUCUUGAUCGGGCGGUUUCUGCCGUUAGAUCAUCCGUGAAAUUUAAUCAGAACCCUCCCACUAGUAAAUUAAAUUCUAACCUCUUUGUGAAGGUGGAAUCGAGACGCUUUCGAUCACGGAGGCAUUCGGGAGAAUUCCGAUCAGGAAAGACCCAGCUGGCUCAUACCCUCUGCGUCUCGACACAGCUCCCGAUCCACAUGCAUGGCGGAACGGAAAGGUCGGCCUACAUUGAUACCGAGGGAACAUUCCGACCGGACCGGAUAGUGCCGAUAGCGGAGAGGUUCGGGAUGGAUGCCGGAGCUGUUCUCGACAACAUUAGAUUAUCAUACGCGCGUGCCUACACAUACGAGCAUCAAUACAACUUGCUGCUCGGCCUGGCUGCCAAAAUGUCCGAAGAGCCCUUCCGCCUUCUGAUCGUGGAUUCGGUGAUCGCCUUGUUCCGCGUGGACUUCUCCGGAAGAGGAGAGCUUGCAGAGCGCCAGGUAUAUAUUUUGGCGCAGAUGCUCUCUCGACUGAUAAAGAUAGCCGAGGAAUUCAAUGUGGCAGGUUACAUGACCAACCAAGUGAUUGCGGAUCCAGGGGGAGGGAUGUUCAUUUCGGAUCCAAAGAAACCGGCAGUGGGGCACGUACUGGCGCACGCCUCCACCAUCCGGCUGAUGCUGAGAAAGGGAGGCGAGCAGCGCGUGUGCAAGAUCUUCGACGCCCCCAACCUCCCCGAGGCCGAAGCCAUAUCCUUUUCCCCUUACCUUCGCAGUCACUACUUACCUCUUUACUUCCCAGGCUUUUCUUCUCUAGCUUUAUAUAGGAAUAGAAAAACUACCUUCUUGGUGAGGUUAGAUACAAGGAGAAUGGUUAAAUUUCGCAUUCGGCAUUCACGCUUUGAAACUGCUAAUGAUUUGCAUGCAAGAUUUCUGGAAAGUUGAUGACCUUUACAAAGAGAGAGCACGUUUUCCAGAUAACUCCAGGUGGCAUCACGGGAUGCGAAGGAUUGAAGCUGGAAGAAGUUUUCAUUCCUCGCUAGCCUCCAGUUGCAUCAUGGAUGCGAAGGAUUGAAGCUGGAAGCCGUUUUUCAUUCCUCGCUAGCCUUAGAAAUGGAUUUAUUAAGAAUAGUAGGAAAAGUUGUUAUUUUUCUUUUGAAGUUCUAAGUACAACAAAAAUUUUAUCUGGGAAGCAGCUGGCAACAUACUUUGUUUUUUGCUUGAAAUUACAGAAUUUUUCUGUUGCCAUUUUACAGGCAGCAGCUUGAAAACUAUAUGAUUCAGUAAUGUGAAGCGGAUGUAACACUCUAUUUUUCUC